UCCUGCCUGGAAGUGCUGACAGAUCAAGGCAACAAAUUUCAAUUACAAUCCCUAAUUUGUGUCCGCAGAGUGUUUUUUUACCCGUGUUAGUCCUCUCUGGCGCAUCAGUCGAGGUAGAUCUUGGUGCAGCAGGAGGAGGUGGAGGGGUUGGGAGUAAAGAAGAGCAUCAGUGAGCUCUAGGCAGAGACCGAGGGAAGGAAACUUGGCUGCUGCGUUCCUGCUUCCUCGGAUCCCAACGCCCAGAGAGAAAGAGGAAACGGCAAAAUUGUGGUUUUUUUUUUUCUUUUCUUUUCUUUCUUUCUUUUUUUUUUUUUUCUUGCCGGCAGCUGGGAAGGGGGCAGGAUCUCGGGAGGCGUCGGGAGCAGCGGAGCGUUUGGUGGGGCCAGGAAAGGCGAGCGUGUGCGUGCGCCCCAGCCGCGGGUAUAUGAGAGAGGGGCGGGCGGGCGCGGGGCGGCGGGGAUGGCCGAGAAGCGGAGGGGCUCGCCGUGCAGCAUGCUAAGCCUCAAGGCGCACGCCUUCUCGGUGGAGGCGCUGAUCGGCGCCGAGAAGCAGCAACAGCUUCAAAAGAAGCGGAGAAAGCUGACCACGGAAGAGGCGGCCGGGGCGGGGGACGACGCUGGCUGCAGCCGUGGCGGAGGCGCGGGCGAGCAGGGCUGCUCCGAGGCCGACGAAGACGCGGCUCUUCCGCCGCCGCCAAACGGGGCGGCGUCCGGGCCGGCGCGGAGCUGCACGGACGUGGAGCGGAGCUGUGGCUCCCGCGGAGCGGCGGGCAGCUGUGAGGACGGCUUCCUGCAAGGCGCCUCCCCUCUGGCGUCCCCUCGAGGUUCCCCGAAGGGGUCUCCGGUACCCGGCCUAGCCCGGACGGGGACUCCGCUGCCCACGCCGCAGGCCCCGAGGGUGGAUCUGCAAGGAGCAGAGCUAUGGAAGCGCUUUCACGAAAUAGGCACGGAGAUGAUCAUCACCAAAGCCGGCAGGCGCAUGUUCCCAGCAAUGCGAGUGAAGAUCUCCGGAUUAGACCCCCACCAGCAAUACUACAUUGCCAUGGAUAUUGUCCCAGUGGAUAACAAGAGAUACAGGUAUGUUUACCACAGCUCUAAAUGGAUGGUGGCAGGUAAUGCCGAUUCUCCUGUGCCACCCAGGGUAUAUAUUCAUCCAGAUUCACCUGCCUCUGGGGAGACUUGGAUGCGACAAGUGAUCAGCUUCGACAAGCUGAAGCUUACCAACAAUGAACUGGAUGAUCAAGGCCAUAUUAUUCUUCAUUCUAUGCACAAAUACCAACCACGUGUGCACGUCAUCCGUAAAGAUUGUGGGGACGAUCUUUCCCCCAUCAAGCCUGUUCCUUCCGGGGAGGGUGUGAAGGCAUUCUCCUUCCCAGAAACAGUCUUCACCACCGUCACCGCCUAUCAGAAUCAGCAGAUUACUCGCCUUAAGAUAGACAGGAAUCCAUUUGCUAAAGGCUUCCGAGACUCCGGGAGGAACAGAAUGGGAUUGGAAGCCCUGGUGGAGUCAUAUGCAUUCUGGAGACCAUCACUACGAACUCUCACAUUUGAAGAUAUCCCUGGAAUUCCAAAGCAAGGAAACACAAGUUCUUCCACUCUCCUCCAAGGUACUGGGAAUGGUGUUCCUGCCACACACCCUCAUCUGUUGUCUGGCUCCUCGUGUUCCUCUCCUGCCUUCCAUCUGGGGCCGAACACCAGCCAGCUCUGCAGUCUGGCUCCAGCUGACUAUUCUGCCUGUGCCCGUUCAGGCCUCACCCUCAACCGCUACAGCACGUCCUUGGCAGAGACCUACAACAGGCUUACCAACCAGAGCAGCGAGACCUUUGCCCCACCCAGGACUCCCUCCUAUGUGGGUAUGGGCAGUAGCCCAUCUGUGAACAUGUCCAUGGGUGGCACCGAUGGGGAUACCUUCAGCUGCCCACAGACCAGCCUGUCCAUGCAGAUUUCAGGAAUGUCCCCUCAACUCCAGUACAUCAUGCCAUCACCAUCCAGCAACGCCUUUGCGACUAACCAGACCCAUCAGGGUUCCUACAACACUUUCCGGUUACACAGUCCCUGUGCCUUGUAUGGAUAUAACUUCUCCACAUCCCCCAAACUGGCUGCCAGUCCUGAGAAAAUUGUUUCUUCCCAAGGAAGUUUCUUGGGGUCCUCACCAAGUGGGACCAUGACUGAUCGGCAGAUGUUACCCCCUGUGGAAGGAGUGCACCUGAUUAGCAGUGGGGGCCAGCAGAGUUUCUUUGACUCCAGGACCCUAGGAAGCUUAACUCUGUCAUCUUCUCAAGUGUCUGCACAUAUGGUCUGAUGAAGCCUUUAAGUUAAACUUCGUUUGAAUCUAAUGGAUCUUCCUUAUUUUUGGAAAAGGCAAUAUGGAAAAAAAUGUACAUAUAGUAGAAAAUGAAGGCUCUGACGAGUUUUACUUUCUCCUGGCAAGACUGUAAUUAUCUAUGGCAUAUGCGUAUGUUGUAUAUUGGUAGCAUGUAGUAUCCUGAAGGCUUCUCACUGCCAUGUUUAUCCAGUGUCACAGAAUAUUGACUACAUGUACUGUGUUUAUCCAGAGUAGCCAGACUCUAAAAGCAAAACGGUACACUUGAAAGUUGGUAAUGAUACUAACCAAAGACUUUUCUAGUGCUCCGUGCAAAGUGAUGGGGUUCAUUACCGCGGUUUCACGCAUACCUAACCAAAGAUUUGUAACUUCAUUUAUCAGAAGAGUGCUCUGAGCAGUUUGUAUUUGAGUGUUGGUAGCAUUAUCAUUUCUAUUGUUCUUGGACAGGAUGUGAGACCCUCCAGUGCAAAAGCCAGUUAAUUCUUAGUGUAUUUCUGAGGUAUCUGUAACAAUAAAGGCUUAGCUUUUUCAUUCCUGCUUAUUCUUAUUUACUGCAGACCUUGGAUCUGAAAAUCCAUAGCUUGACUGGUGUUUAUUUUCUGAAGGAAGGUGGAGGAGACUCUUGUGACUUCACUUUCCAUUGGACGGAGAAUCUUACUAGCCUGCAAAAAAUACAUAUCUACUAUUUUUAAAUUGGUUCCCAUUUCAUUUAGUUUAUCAAAAAGGCCAUUAAAAAUGUCCUGCAAACAUUUCAAACUUCAAUUUUCACCAAGGAAGGGGUUGGAGUAUAUGGUAUGAGAAAUUGCAAAAAAGAAAAGAAAUCCACCUCAGAUUCUUUUGUUCCAAUGAGUAAUGUUUAUUUAUUUAUUUUUAAUUAGAGGAAUAAUGUCAUCCAGCCCCUAGGCUUUUGUGUGGCUUGUUUUUUAGAUUUAGGAUUAUUUCUCCAUCUUUGAGCUGCCUGACCCCUGGUCUAUGAGUAAGGAAAAGGCAUUUAUGCCACUUAUUUAUGUCUCAUAACUCUUACAAAUUGAACAGUUCCCCCUCCCUAGCCUUAUCUCCCUGUCUGACUCUUUUCCAAAACAGACAGGUCUUGCCUUUAUGGUGCUAAUGCUGCAAGGAAUUUCAGAGGGUUAUCUCCAGCAAUCUGUCUUGUGGUGUAGUCAAAGGCCAAAGUCCAUUACUAGAAAGGCCUCCUAGGAGGACCAAGGAGGAAGAUACUCAUUAUGAUAAGUGAGCUAUAAAACUUUUAACCUCAACAGCAUUUUAACUUUGGAACUGAAGAAAGGAAAACAGGACUGACUUCUAAAAGUGCCUAAAAUGAACACAUGACUUGAGUUCAAAAUAAGGAAUUUUGAUAGUAGAUCCUGAGACAGGCAGAAAAAGUGAGGCAUGCAGGAGGGUGCACAGCUCCUUCUGUUGAGAAACUCAAGGGAUGCGUCUGCCCAGCGGCUCCUUACAUUUGUGUAUAACAAAUGAAGAGAAUGCUUUCCUUGUGUUUAUCCAUAGACUUGCUCUAACAUGUCCCUAAUUUGGAUGGGGAAGGAGUCUAUAUCCCAGUUUACUUCUUUACUGAACAGGAUUAUUGUUAGAUAUUAAGGGGAAUGUUAUGUUUAGACAGAACACAUUCUGGCUUUGUCUCUGUUUAUAGAUACUGACAAAUUUCCCCAUGGAUUCUGUAAGAAGGUCAUCAAAUUAACAAAAAUUUUAAAAUCUAAGAUUAGCGUAAAGAGACGUGAAAUAUUUGCAAUAGGUAGCUGUAGCUAAGGUUUUAUGCAUGGUCUUAUUAACUUGACAGAGAUUUGGGAAAAAAUGUUGAGAAUGAGUCCUCCAGCCUUUGCGCUUAUUAUAAUUCAAGGAGAAUAGUCUUCCAUUUUGAGAAAACACCAAGUGGAGCAUUUUCCUUUUUGCUGUUGGUAAUUUGAGAUGACACCAUGAUGUGAGUAGACAUUUUUUUUAAAUUGUUUUGGUAAAAUUUAGCAAUAUUGUACAAAUGCUGUUUCAGGUUUUGCUGUAAAUAAUAAUCACUAUAUUACUCAAAGACUAACCUUUUAUUGUUGUACUAAAUGACCUCCAUGCAUUGAUAAUUAUAAUUAUCGAUCUGUAUUUUAUUAAGAAGUGCUUAAGAAAUUAUAUUAAAGUACAUUAUUAAAUCCUUU